CAUUACUUGUCGCACCCUUUACCGGUCACCAACAUGGCUGCGGACCCUAGAAUAAGUGACAAAGAACUCGCAGCUAUCAACGCGGCUGCAGUGACGCGAGAAUACACGGUCAAGCCGCAUCUGGAUUACCGGACAGUCUCUGCAAUCAACGGUCCGCUCGUGGUGCUGGACAACGUCAAGUUCCCUUCAUACAAUGAGAUCGUACAGCUCACACUGCCGGAUGGCACAAAACGUGGUGGACAGGUGCUGGAGGUACAGGGAAAGAAGGCCAUUGUGCAGGUGUUCGAGGGGACUUCCGGAGUUGACGUGAAGGCCACACACGUCGAAUUCACAGGGAGUAGCAUGAAACUCCCUGUCGCUGAGGACAUGCUAGGCCGGAUAUUCAACGGCUCAGGUCUGCCUAUUGAUCAGGGCCCGAAGGUGUUUGCAGAGGACUACCUGGACAUCAAUGGUUCUCCAAUCAACCCUUACUCUCGCAUAUACCCGGAAGAGAUGAUCCAGACUGGGAUUUCUACUAUUGACGUUAUGAACUCUAUUGCGCGUGGCCAGAAGAUUCCUAUCUUCUCAGCUGCCGGUCUCCCUCAUAAUGAAAUUGCUGCUCAAAUCGUGCGACAAGCUGGCCUCGUCAAGCGACCAACGAAGGACGUACAUGACGGGCACGAGGACAACUUUUCCGUCGUGUUUGCUGCGAUGGGUGUCAACAUGGAGACCGCGCGGUUCUUCAAGCAAGACUUCGAGGAGAAUGGCAGUCUAGAUAGGGUGACGCUGUUCUUGAACCUGGCGAACGAUCCCACAAUCGAGCGUAUCAUCACACCUCGUCUCGCGCUCACAACGGCAGAGUACUAUGCAUACCAACUCGAGAAGCACGUCCUAGUUAUCUUGACUGAUAUGUCGUCAUAUGCGGACGCACUGCGCGAGGUGUCGGCUGCGCGAGAGGAGGUUCCAGGCCGUCGUGGAUACCCGGGUUACAUGUAUACUGACUUGUCCACGAUAUAUGAGCGCGCUGGUCGUGUGCAGGGUCGUAACGGUUCUAUUACACAAAUUCCUAUCCUCACGAUGCCGAAUGAUGACAUUACACAUCCGAUUCCUGACUUGACAGGCUACAUCACGGAAGGCCAAAUUUUCGUCGAUCGUCAACUACACAACAGGCAAAUCUACCCACCAAUUAAUGUGCUACCCUCGUUGUCCCGUCUGAUGAAAAGUGCCAUCGGCGAGAAACUGACCAGGAAAGAUCACGCCGAUGUCUCGAAUCAAUUGUAUGCCAAGUAUGCUAUUGGCCGCGAUGCCGCCGCGAUGAAGGCCGUAGUCGGUGAGGAGGCGCUGUCCCCUGAAGACAAACUAGCAUUGGAGUUCCUCGACAAGUUUGAGCGCCAGUUCGUUGGCCAAGGUCCGUACGAGGCACGAACCAUCUUCGAAUCUCUUGACCUCGCUUGGAGCCUGCUCCGUAUUUUCCCCAAGGAACAGCUCAAUCGAAUCAGUCCCAAGAUCAUCGCUGAGUUCUAUGGUCGCAAAGCAAAGAAGGCGACGGAGGACCUGCAGCCAACCGGCCAGGUGGGUGAGAAGCUCAUUGACGACGCAUGAAGGACAAUAUUAGUAGCACAACCCAGAGACGUGUAUAUCCCACAGCUUUCACGAAAGUCAUCUUCUGACCAUACAUGAUGACACAACGUGGUCGCAUUCUUGUCCAUAUGAAGGCGACAAUGGCGGAUAUCGUGUAGACGAC